UUUAGUGCCCUUUCACUUCUUAAAACGAGGAGGUUUAUUCAGAUUAAAUCAUUCUCAGAGAUUCUGCUCUUCAUUCCAUACUUUUGAAUCUGAACUUAAUGUAAGUGAGAAGUUAAACACUAAUACCAGCAUGAAUCCCAAUAUAAUGUUCAUGAUUAUGAUGAUUGAAUUGAGGUUUGCGUCUGCUUCAAAUCAUACAACAGAACCUUGUGAGAAUAUUCACAACACUGGGUGCAAGAUUCUUGACCAGUAUUUGACAACUGUAAAAGGAGUUGAAAGCUGUUCUGGAGCAAACUUUAAGGAGCACUGCCCUGGCCUUUGCCCUCCUUGUCAACAAAUGGAAACAAGUGAGACUCCAGAAUGUUUUGACAAUGUAGCAGAAAACUGUGAAUUAGAAGCAAAGAAUUUUCAAACUUUAAGUCCUGGGUCGGAGGAAUGUAAAGAUAUCCAUUUCUACAUGGUUUGCAAUAAGUACUGUACAAUGUGCAAAAACGAUUGGUGGAGUCAUUUUAUAUCAACGCUACUCAAAAAUAAUGAAGAGGAGUCAACUACAUCAACAACAUUCAGCAUCUUAAGCUCUACGGUAAAAAAUGAUGUUUCCAUGGAUCCUGAAAACAGCACUACAAAUGAAAUAUCAUCUACAACAGCAAUAUCUCAGGGGUCCCAGGCUGAUGACAACAACUCAACCUCUUCUUCAGUGGAUUAUAGUUUUAGCGUAUCUUUACCCUCCUCAGAACUCUCUACUUCUGCAACAUCUGAUAUUACUACUUCAUCCCUUGUUGUUUCGUCUUCUACCACUUCCUCUUCUUCAUCUACAACUACUCCAUGUUCAUCCACAACCUCUUACACAACAUCCUCAUUUACAACACCUUCUUCUACAAUAUCUUCUUCUGCUUCAUUAUCUUCAACUACAUCUACUACUACAGCCUCCUCUACUUUAUCAUCUUCAACUUCAUCUUCCUCUUUAACAUUAUCUUCAUCUUCAUCUUUGCUAACUUCAUUAUCUACAGCUACAUUAACUUCAACUUCAUCAUCUUCGACUACAUCUUCUCCUACAAUAACUUCCUCUACUUCACUAUCUUCAACAACAUCUUCUUCAACAACAUCUUUCUUCUCUUCAUCAUCUUCAACUUCAACAUUUUCUACUAAAUCUUCCUCUUCCACCAACUCAUCACUAUCAUCCUCCUCAUCUAAAUCCUCCUCCAUUUUUUCAUUGGCAUCAACCGAAUCAAUUUCUUCAACCUUAUCUAGUCCUCAAGGAAGCACCGGGGAGAAUUUAGAGGUAGAAGGUGGAGAAUAUGUUGAAAAUAUCAUUAAUGAAUUUGAAGAUAUUAACAGCACAUGUAUAGAUUCUCUCCCAGAUUGUACCACUUUCAUGGCCCGUAUCACCAGCAUGUUCCCAGGCUCUACAGCUUGCUCCAGAUCAAUUAUCACCUCUGUGUGUCAAAAAAGCUGUGAUUUAUGCAUGUUCCAGGAGUUAAACGGAGGUAAAGUUCCUGUGGGUUGGAUUACAGAACUAAUUGAACAUUUUCAACCUAAGUUAUUAUAAUAUGUAUUCAAAGGUGCAGGAAUAAAAUUUUAAUGUAAAUUUCA